UGACGACGAUAAGUGUUAUUUCUGCUUCACAGAAUACGUACACUUCGGCAUGCCGCUAUCAUACCAUGGCCUUAACGUGUCCUUUGUCGCGCCCAUUCCCAUCUGUCACUUGCUAUCAGUAUUUCGCCAUUCGUCAAGGCUAUUGCGAACGACUUGAGGGCCUCUAUAAAGGAGAUGGAGAAGUUCCAAAAGGGUUUGGAGCUGCCGCUCCCGAUAUAUGCCAAGCAUGAUCCUCAAACAGGACCGAAUUCACGGCUCCGACGUUUCUGUAUAGCGGCGAUUACGGUCUUCACGCUUUGUCUUCUUCUCCAACCCCGGCAUAUAUUCCAAGCGGAUGGUUCUCGCUCCAGAGGAUAUACGCGGAAUCCAGCAUAUCUUAUCAAAGCUCGUCAUGGAGCAGUAGCCAGUGAAAACGAGAUCUGUUCAAACAUCGGCGUUGAUACGCUAAAGGCUGGCGGGAAUGCCGUGGACGCAGCUGUUAGCACUACUCUAUGCAUUGGCGUAGCGAACAUGUUCUCGUCUGGGAUCGGAGGUGGAGGUUUCAUGACCAUUCGCAUACCCCCAGCAAUGACCAAUAGGUCAUCAGAAGUUUAUACAGUUGACUUCCGAGAAGUUGCUCCUGCAUUAGCUAACAAGACCAUGUAUGUCCAUGACCCCCUGGCGUCACUAAUUGGUGGUCUUGCGGUCGGAGUACCAGGUGAAUUGCGGGGAUUGGAAGAGGCUCAUAAACGAUGGGGAAAAUUAGGUUGGAAACAACUCGUGUACCCUAGUGUUGAACUCGCCAAGGGUUGGAAGGUUCCCAAGGAAUUGGCGAGAAGGAUAGAGAUGUUUUCACCUCUAAUGCUCAAUGCUCCCGACUGGAAGGCGAUAUUUGCACCACAUGGUACCCUGCUUCGUGAAGGGGAUCUUAUUCAGCGAGCCAACCUGUCGCGAACUCUCGCUACCAUUGCGUGUGAAGGACCGGGAGCCUUAUAUAAAGGUCCAAUCGCCGAUGCUAUCAUCGAGAAGGUUCGAGCGACGGGUGGUGUACUAUCGCAUUCCGACCUAGAGUCGUAUUCAGUCAAGGUCCAACGUGCACUGGAAGGUUCAUACCGUGGCCGCAAGGUGUACACCACUCAUGCGCCAACCUCUGGACCCGUCCUCCUACACAUGCUUAAUUUAAUGGAGCACUACGACGAUUUCGUCCAGGAAGGCCGUACAGGGCUGAACGUGCACCGUUCGGUGGAAGCUAUGAAAUUUGGCUUUGCUGCACGGACCAAGAUCUGUGACCCUGCUUUUGAAACAAAUGAUACUGCUCGGAUACAAGAGAUACCAACCAAGAAGUUUGCAGACCUGAUCAUUCGUAAUAUCACGGAUGACCGGACGCACACACCUGAUUACUAUCAACCCAUCUUUGAUGUACCGAUUGACCAUGGCACAAGUCAUUCGUCUAUUGUUGACAAGGAUGGUAUGGCUGUUGCGAUUACAUCUACAGUGAAUCUUGUGUUUGGGUCCCAGGUUAUGGAUCCUGUCACUGGAAUCAUUCUUAAUGACGAGAUGGACGAUUUCUCCACUCCCGGAUUUCAGAACGCCUUCGGGCUGUGGCCGUCACCGUUUAACUAUCCAGAACCGUUUAAACGGCCUUUGUCGUCUACAACGCCCACCAUCAUUGAAGAUCAAUCUGGCGAGUUCUCCCUUGCCAUUGGUGGCUCCGGAGGAACCAAGAUCUUCCCGGCUGUCUUCCAAACGAUCCUAAACAUGGAUUGGGGUCAGGAUGUCAGUACUGCCAUAGAAUAUGGGCGACUGCAUGACCAGCUCUAUCCGUCUACAGUAGACAUCGAUGACGUCUACCCUACAGAGCUGGUAGCUGAUCUGAAGAUUAGAGGCCAUAACGUUACGAUAUCAGACAUCAACCGUGUUGCUGCUGUUGUACAGGUAGUAACAAAGAAGGGCGAUAUUAUUUACGCUGCCAGCGAUUCGAGGAAGAACGGCAUUGCUGCUGGUUAUUAGCAGGUGUUCCUACCCACCAUUAUACUGUAUGGCAACAUGUACAUCGGAUUUAACCAUCAUCAUUAUUUGAAGUUCAAGAUAUUUCUGUCUCGC